UAGAACCUACCUGGGGACGAGAGAGGAGGAGGAGGAGGAACCUUAACAGGAAGCAGCCAAUGUGGCUGGCGUUGGGGGGAGAAAGAACAGAGGAAAAAUAGGAGGGGAAAUUAAAACACACGCCCACAAUUGGUUAAAGGUUUAACUUUGGAGAACAACCCCCCCCCCCCUUCUUGUUUGAAAGUUCGGAGGGGCGAUGGGUAUCGCUGGAGUCUACUUGUUGCUGUUAUUGACCUGUGUCUUACCAACAGACUCUGAAAUGAUCUCAGUCACUGCUCGUGAAGGUAUGACUAUAAACAUCAAGCAAGCGCCUGAGAGUUUACAGGCUUCUGAUUGCAAAAUCUGUAUCACAGAAGAAGAAUGUUACAAUGAUUAUCAGGUCAAUCCAGGAGAUGAUUUCCAAUUUGACUUCAGUUGCAGUGAACCCGAGCAGAGCUUUGUUGUUGAAGUUCAAACAGAUAUUGAAAGUGCAGAGGCUGACCUGGAAGAUGUGGCGAAUCUGCUGGAGUUGCCACAGCUCAACAGGACAUACAUCUGGAACAUCGCUGUGCCUUACAAAGUCGGUGUACACAUGAACUUUGCUGGCAAUCACUUGGAGCAGGUCGACUCGGCUGAGUGCAAGGAUUCUUUCACAUACACCAUCAAGGGCCACUUAAGUUUCGAUCCCACAAGCGCAGUCCUCGUUGGUAACUUUUGUCGGAAUGGGACCAUCUCCAAUGUGAAGGUCCAGGGCAAAACAUUGAUUGAACUUAAACUGCCCUGGACUGAGACGAUUGAGAAAGCAGGAUUUCAGCUGUUUUUCGUACCCGCUAUUGGAAAGUUCAGCAUUGUCGAGGUGGUUCUGCAGCCCGGCUCUCCUGCCUUCUUCACGUCAGCUGAUUGGCCCGAAGGCUUUCCAAAUGAUGAGCUGAUGUCCUGGCGGUUCACAGUCCCUUCCAAAUACCAUGCUAACGUCACCAUCGAGACGUUCACCCUCCCAAAGUGCAUCAAGAGGAAAGCUGGUGUGUACAAUGGCCCGCCCGUGCUUGGGAAAAUGGAGGGGAAAUAUAGAGCAGACUUUAUUAUAUCUUUGCAGAACUGUGACAUGGACCAGACAAGUUCCGAAGUGCUAACUUUUAGGUUCAAAGUUGAUCUCCUUCAGUACAGAGAGAGUUAUGAAAUUAAUCUGAGCGAGGGUGUUUCGAUGGUAUUUAAGCAGAUCUCAGAGACGGCUGGAGAUGUGUCUCCCCUGCUUUGUAUCUGCACCUCUGCCUGUAGCUCCGAGUUGCAACUGGAAGCUGGAGACCACCUGAACAUCUCCUUCAACUCCAGGUGUGACCCGAUGCGGGAUGUCAUCAUCGAAACCACAAAGAACAUCUCCUGUAAAGAUGCAGAAGAGUGCUAUGUCAGGAAUGUGGACCUGGCCUUGCCUGGCAUGCUCUCGGAACUGCCCGUAGCUCACCAGACAUUCAAAUGGGUGCUCACACAGCCGCCGGAACUAACCAUCGAGUUGGCAUCUGAGCGUUUGAAGCUGCAGCAGCUUCUUCAGGGCGACGUGUGUGAUGGCAACUUGACGUACAACGUCAGCACUUUCAGCCAGGAUGGUGCCAUAUCAGUGGUUGGCCAGUUCUGUCCCAAUGGAGCGAUGGAGAGGAUCCAGACAGCUGACCACGUGUUACUGGAGCUGAGGGCGUCACACGGCUGGGACCCCAAAGACGUGGAUAUCAAACUGUCCUUCAUUCCCCGUCUCACAGAGGACUAUAUUAUGAACAUUAUCCCAGAUGUCAACUCUCUAGUGUACCUCCUGAGCCCUAACUGGGGACCUGGAAUGCCCAACAAGUUAACAGCAUCGUGGAAUAUCUCUGUUCCCCCGGAUCACGUGGCUGAGCUUACUUUUAUAGAGCAGUCGAUCCCCAGAUGUGAACAUGGGCACGUGACCAUUGUGAUCAUCGAGCAGAUCACCGACGGCACCCACCUGAGCUACAGGGAAUCUGACACGAUCCCACAAUCGCUCCCCGAUCUGUACCACAGGUUCUGGCUGAAUGUAUCCAACUGCGAGACUUCAAGUGGGCGCCUGAAUUUGAAGUUUCGGGUGCUGGUACGCGAAGAUUCGAUGGAGAUUAUAACAAUUGCUGCUGCCGUCGCUGGAGGCGUGGUUCUGCUUAUUGUUAUCGCUGUGAUUGUCUGCUGUGUUAAACAACGGAGAAGACAGCAACAUUUGCCUGCCCUGGGGACCUACAAUCCAGGUGUGACCAGCCGUAAGCCAGGUCAGAGGCGGAAGUUUGUGAAGGGAAGGCAGGACAAUGAAUCGCACAUUUAUGCUGUGAUUGAUGAGGACCGUAUUUAUGCUGAUUACUUCAACAAGUCAGGAAUGAUGUCUGCCCCUGAGGUGGACGUGUAUCGUUCUUUCAAUGGUCCAAUGGGUGAGAUGCCACCCACUCUCCCACCUCCCCGCAGUGCCAUGUCCAAAGGUGCCAGACCGGAGGCAAUAUCCAUGGUAUCCAAUGACCUGUAUACGUUCUCAGUGAAGAGGCAAGAUGUGGAGAAGACUCUCCUUGAGAAUGCUGAAAAAGAUUCCAGUUCCUAGCAAAUCAUUUGCCUGGUUCUAACAAGCAAAUUAUAUUUUUGAUAGGCUGUACCUCCCUGGUUUUAACUAUUUUUUUGAAUGCGGAAACAUUUAGGGACAUUUUUGUUUUGAUGUAAUGUUCUGCCUUCUGUUACUUUGCUGCGAGCCAUGUUGGGGUUUAGUUUCACAUCAUCCCGAACCUCACCUUUUAAUAACCUGCACUGUUCAUGGCUCCCCGCUCAGCACAGAUGCUGGGAAACAGAAGUGUUUUAAUUCUAGAAAGGUGCGUCUCCUGUCUGUGCUAUUCUAUUCGGUAGAAAGUGGCAUUGAAUUCAGACCCUGGCACUUGUUUGCAGUUUUUGAUUUAUCCGCGAUUGAAAGUCUAGGCUCGCACCAAAUUCCAUAUUGCAGCCUGCUAUAGACACAGUGUUAGAUGAGCCACUGAACCAGACAUUGGAUUUGUUCUUUUCAUUUCCUACGGUUUGUAAUAAUUCAUAGAGGUCUUGUUCCUUGCUUCACCCCACCAGUGCCCUUCAAGCUAUUUGUAACUAGCUGUUGUCUUGCUAACCUUUUUACUGACUUAACCAGUUCACAGUUAGUCCCUAUUCACAGAGACUCCAAAUGACAACUGGGGCUCAGCAGGGUGAAAAUCUGGUUCCUGCCUCUUAACAGCUAAAUUGUUUUCACAGCGAGUUGUACAGAAGGCGGACGAGAGUAAAGACUACUUUUUUAAAUUGUCUUGAUUCUUCUUUUUUUAAAUUGUCCCUUUUUGUCCCAGAAACUAUCCAUACUUGUCCAAAACUGAGUGAACUUCUUUCACCUAACGUGACGCAUGUUUUUGGCAUAUGUAAUUAAUGUGUCAAAUGUUUGUGGUUGUGUGUUUCAGAUUACCACCUAUCUAGAGCCUGUAUCUGUCAGGACAGUAAAUAGAAAUGAUAGGAAAUGCCUGUAGAGUUGUUGACUUCCAAAUUCUGUAAGUUGGACACUCGGUAAUCCUCUUCAAUCUCCCAACAGCGCUGUGGGUGUAACAAUAUUCAGAGUGCAGUGGUUAAUGAAGGCAUCUUGCCACCACUUUCUCCAGGAUAACUAGGGCUCGACAGUAAUGGCUGGUUUAGCCAGCUAUAUCCAAAACCCAAUAAUGGUUUGCUAAAAAAUUUCUUGGUUGGGUUGUCCUCUCUGACUGGUAACCUAUGAAGCACUCGUGGGCACUGGUGCAAAACCCUGUAGUUCGCAGCACAGAAUGUCUGUGUGAAUUUGACAGUUGUCAGUCUCCCUGUCACAAACAUUUGGAAUGGAAAACAAAACCAGGCAGAUGCUCCUGAUCCUGAGCUACAGUAAGUUACUGGGGCAUAAGCACUUACAAUUGUUGGCAAUAAAAAUGUGCAGUACCAACAUUUUGUCUUGGACUGAUCAACAUGCAAGAAUGCCAACUUCCGAAGGGACUAACAAUUUAUACUGCAUGAAAAACAGAUUGCUGAUUUGUUGGCAAGUGGGGAAUGGUUGCCAUGUAGAAUACACUUGGGAACAGAUUUGCCAACACUUUCUUUAAAUUAUAAGAAGGCAACUCGAUUGCGGUCAAUUUUUUGUUUAGUUGAAAAGGCAUAUCACCUGAACAAUGUCCUUUUGCAUGCAGAUGGCCCUGUGUGUGAAAAUGUGUGGCUUCUAGCAAGCAUAAUUAAGUCAUCCUGUGAGUCCAACUGAUGAUCCUAAAUUCCUUGUUCUUAACGUUUCUGAUACACUCAUGAUUGUUCAAUAAAUGUCGUCCAAUCAUAGCAACAGACCUAAUGCGGGACACCACAAUUCUAAGCUCAAUCAAUUAAAUUUCUUGGUCUCCAGUAUUGGUGAAAGUAGACAAUGACUCUGGUAAAAUGAGCAGAGGGAGAGGUGUGGAGGAUUACCCUAAAAUUAUUGAUGCUCUUUAAAUCACUGCUGUAAAUGUCAAGUGUUUGACUUACGCUGUAGUUUUCCGAUGACACUUCCCAGCCCCUGAUUCUAGAGUGAUAGUUUUGAAUUAUUUGUAGCCUGCUACCUUCAUAUGUACAAUCUGAAUACAGCCAAGUCCCCUCUUUAAUCCAGCAUUGUCUAGAUAGAUAACAAAGCAAUUGGAGGGGAUGUGAAUUCAAGUGAACCCUGGACAGUAUGUAACUUAUUUAUGUUUUUUUUAAAGAAAAGCACUUGUUUUCAGGCUGAAUGUGUAAAUCUGCUUGGAUCUGUGAUACAGUGACUCACCAGAUGAGGCUUACGACAGGUCGCAUUUUUAUAAUAAAAAUGUGAAAAAGUAAACUUGUGGAAUGAUGGAUUGCGGUUGUUAUU